GUUUGGCUUACGACAGUGUAAGGUUCGUGCUACCAUCGACUAAUUAUUGAUUUGAGAUUAUGUCUAUGGUCAGUUCACGAACAAAAAGGAUUUUGGCAGCUCUUAGCCAAAAUGAUUAAUCGAAUAAUGUAAAUUCUGAGGAAGAAAUCGGGUCUAUGCCGAUAUCAAUUAUUUCAAGUGACAAUAUUUUUGAUCUAGAUAAUUCCGAAAAUAUUUUAAAAACUACUUUAGUAAAUGAAGACGUAAUCGAAAUAGAUCAAUCGAAAUAAGAGAAA